GUCAAAUGUGAUCGACAAGACCCAUGUAUGAAUUGCGUCGAUGCUCAGGUAGAAUGUUGUCGAAACAGACGCAGACGGCCUCGCGGGCGCCAGGCCCGAUCUCGUGCCAUCUCCAAGAGCCCAGCAAAUACAACAUCCUCCACUCGAUAUGACUCAAGCCAUCAAAUCUCAGAAGGUUCUGAAUUUCUGGAUCAGGAAUUAAAAUUGAGGACAGAGCUUUCACAGCACAGAUAUGCUGUCUUAAAAGCUGCAGCUGAAUUCGUGAAUCGAAAUUUCCAGCCAGGCAAUACAUUCCAAGAACCUGCCUACCUUGGCGAACCUCUCCCUGAGAAAGACUCGCAAUUACGCCCUUUUUCACCAGAAAUAUUCUAUAUGAUGACCAUCGGUAUGCGAUAUUUCUGGCCUGAUCAUGUCUCUUCGUCCACACUGGAGAACAUGUGCCUCGCUCUGGUCGAGGGAGAUAUCGACGAGCAGACCCUUGUGCAUUAUCGGGUUUGUGCAUACACAAAAGCUAAAUUUUUCGUUACUCGCGUAUCUGAACUUGGGCACACUAAACGUCUUCGAGACCAUUUCCAGAAUUCUAGAAAGGAAUAUGAAGCUAGCGCCCUCAAUGCUUUGAACAAAAUCAACAUUCUAGCUCCUCCAAGUUUAUCUCUUGUGCAGGCACUAUUAUCAGGAGUAUGUUUAAUCAAACGGACUGAUCUUGUUGAACUAGGCACAACACACUGUCAUGUCGCUCUCAUUGAAAGCCUUAGCCAAGAUAUGUUCAAAAUAUUUGUUGGAUUACAAGAGCGUCGGUUGCACCCGCCAUAUAGCGAAUUAGAGUAUGAGUGGCUAGCCAUUGACUUCAGUUACUAUGCCAUCUUGACUACCAUCCUCCACGCCAAUCCAAAUUCGGCAAAGGGCCCUUUCGUCCGUAAAGAAUGCCUGCUUUAUGCUCGGAAGGCAUUUGUUGCCCUCAAAACAAUACAAGACAAAAUUUCUAUCGAUGGUCAGAUCCCGGAAACACUUCCCAAUGUUCUCACAUGGACCAUGUUGUUUCACCCUCUUUGUCCUUUCUUCGUUCUUUUUUGCAAUGUUGUAAACACCUCGGAUAAGGAGGACUUCUCAUUGAUGCGUGCCAUCACCCAAGGACUUCAAGGAUCUGCGACAACAAAUCCCUCGAUUUCAAAGCUACACCGCCUGUUCUCGUCCUUUCUCGAUCUAUGCUCCCCUCUUUUGCAGAGAAACUACGAUAUAUCUCAAACCCAGUCCUUGCUCUCCUCUAUUCUCGGAAAUUCCCCUGCGGACAGGUGUCACACGCAACUUGAAAAUCAACCUCUCAGUGACAACACAGAUGGCGUGAAUCUCGGUCAAGCGCAGCAGCGUAGCUCUGUCGGUCAAAAUGCUUCCUACCAGGAUGAAGAGACCGCAUGGGGAACCGAUCUUGUGUGGGAACUUUUUGACUCGCAGCCUUGGCUGGGAUGGAUGGAAUGGGAUAAUACAUACAAUGCAGGGGCGUCACUAUCUUUUGAUUAA